UUUUUCCUCUUGCGCAGCGCUCAGUUAAGCAGACAGUUCCGAUCAUCUUUACCGCAAGCAGCACAAAACGAUUAUGUACGAUGGAAAUCAAAGUGUCUGUGGAUGGCGUGCCACGUUUGGUUUGUGGGGUCACAGAUGAGACAACAUGCCAAGAGGUGGUGACAGUGUUGGCUCAAGCUUUGGGCCAGCCUGGGCGCUACAUGUUGCGCGAGACCUUCAAAGACUUCGAGAGGUGCAUGGCAUCAGAUGAGCGGCCUCUGGAGAUGCUAAAGAAGUACGGGGAACACUCUAAGGAGGUCCAGCUCACUUUGCUCCACAGCGGUCCUUCAGUUUACGACGAAAUGAUCAGGGCCAAAGUGGGCCGACACCAGCCUUGUCCACCGCUGCGGAGAAAAGAAACCGGUGCUAGAAAUUGGCGUCGGAGCGGAUCGCUGAAUCUGCAUCGCCAGAGCUUUCCGCUGUCCUGCCUGAGGCAGGACACAGACCAGAACCACGAGCUUUUGAAAAGACCCAAAAGAAAGUCCCUGACCCUCAUGGAGGAGGCUUGGGAAUGGCUAGAGAGUCUGGGAAAAACACAGGUUUAUAGUACGUCAUGCGAUAAGGACAGCAGCAAGAAGAAGACGGAAAAAAAGAAAACUUUUCUGAGUGUCUCACUUUCCACCAUGAGAAAGAGUCCACAUGAGAAGAACCAAGUCCGAGGUCACAGAAACUCAAAGUCCGACUUGGAUCAGACAUCUUGUUGCAUGGGAACCCAACAGAAGGUGAAAGAAAAUAAAAACUCCAAGAAAACUCAUGUGGAGAAACUCGAUAGCUUCUCCGAUUUGAACAGUGACGACGAGAAUAAUCGCCUGAGAGAAACGAUCAUUUGGCAGCUCAGUAAACUUCAAAAGCUCCAGGUCCAGAUCGGCGAUGUGGACCAUGAGAUUUUAGAGCUGGAGAAAAGCGAGCGGACCAGGGAAGAGCAAAAAGUGAUUGAAGAAGAGACGGAGCAGAUCAAGUUCUGGGAGAAGGAAUUAAAAGCAGAAGAAGACUUUGAGAGAGAUUUGCAAAAUCAGUUCCAUGGCCUGAAAGCAAAGAUUGUGGACUGCAAGACCAAACUGGAGGACUACAAGACAGAAAUGCAAAAACUGGACUUCUGUGGAGCUCAAAAGGUUGACUCCAAAGAGGGCCGACACGCCGCAGACGGCAAUCCGAGCAAGGUCUCAAAUGGGCAGCUAUUUGAGACGGAACGCCAAGUAAACAGCGACAGGAAGUGGCCGCCCAGAAAUAUCAGCCCUUCUCCUGCUUUAUUUCCUCCCAAUCAGAUAAAGGAGCGCCGGCUCACUGGGCCAGCUGAGCUCAGGGAGUGGUGGGCAUGCUGGUCUGCAGGCCAAAAAUCAAACUCUAACAAAAAGGUGACUGCGAUACACCGCUCGGAGCUCACGAUUUAUUUGGGCGGUACAAAAGAUUAA